CAGUCAGUAGGCUGCACGCAGUCAGGAGAUGGAGGAGGUCCUGUGCUCUCUGGCAACGGGACAUGGAGCAACCGCCAGCCAUCGCUGACACCCACUGCAGGCACCGGUACUAACCUGUCAGCACUCCUCCUCCUCCCACCAGGACAACAUGGCUGCCCUUCUCAGGAGAGGCUGCGUGCUUAGACCCUCAUGGGCCACCAGGGCCCUUCCAGCCUGGGGCCACGGGGAGGGCAUGAAGGGUAAUCUUGCUGAACGCGUGUGUCUUAGUUGCACUUCUCUGCGGUUGUCACACAACAGAAACUUUGAAAGUUAUUGCACUGCAACCCAUUCUGUUUACAUUUCCUCAAGGAGAGGGAAUAAUGGGUUUUCACGGACAAGCCAGUCUGAUAGAACAUAUUUUAAUAACUCACCGGCGACCUGGAUCACCGUCACUCGCCCUGCUAAUGUGGGACCACAUUACUGUGCAGUGCGAGGCUUGCACUCCUCUCGACCCCUGUUCGAUGACUCUGUGGUUGAAAAAUCAUUGAAGUCCUUGAAGGAUAAAAAUAAAAUGCUGGAAGAAGGAGGUCCUGUAUAUAGUCCAUCUGUAGAAACUGUUAAGAAGUCUAUCGGACAGAAAGUAAUGGAUGAGGUAAAACACUACUACCAUGGCUUUCGACUGCUGUGGAUUGAUACCAAAAUAGCAGCUAGGAUGAUGUGGCAGAUCCUCAAUGGACAUAUCUUGUCUCGGAGAGAAAGGAGACAGUUUCUGAGGAUAUGCGCUGACCUCUUCCGCCUGGUACCUUUCCUGGUUUUCAUUGUCGUUCCUUUUAUGGAGUUCUUGCUUCCAGUUGUACUGAAAUUAUUCCCAAAUAUGCUGCCAUCUACAUUUGAAACCGUUUCAAAGAAGGAGGAGAGGUUGAAGAAAGAGCUGAGGGUAAAACUGGAAGUGGCCAAAUUUUUGCAAGAUACAAUAGAAGAAAUCGCAUUAAAAAACAAAGCAGCCAAGGGAGACGUUACCAAUGAGUUUGCUACAUUUUUUCAAAAGAUCAGGAGCUCCGGAGAGAGACCAAGCAAUGAGGAGAUUGUCCGAUUCUCCAAGUUAUUUGAAGAUGAGUUGACCCUCGACAAUCUAACUAGGCCACAGCUUGUGGCUCUUUGCAAACUCCUGGAACUUCAAUCAAUUGGGACAAACAACUUUCUACGCUUUCAGCUCACCAUGAAGCUGCGAUCCAUUAAAGCCGAUGACAAGCUCAUUGCCGAAGAAGGAGUAGACAGCCUGAAUGUAAAAGAGCUACAAGCAGCCUGUCGUGCAAGGGGAAUGAGAGCGCUCGGCGUCACAGAGGAACGGUUGAGAGACCAGCUUAAGCAGUGGUUGGAACUACACUUGAAUCAGGAAAUUCCUACAUCAUUACUCCUUUUGUCCAGAGCUUUGUAUCUCCCGGACACACUGUCACCAGCUGAUCAGCUCAAAACAACCCUGCAGACUUUGCCCGAAAGCAUGGCCAAGGAGGCGCAGGUUAAAGUAGCUGCUGUUGAGUGUGAGAAAGUGGACAAUAAAACCAAACUCGAAGCAACCCUUCAGGAAGAGGAAGCGAUCAGGAAAGAAAACCAGGAGAAGGAAAUGGAGAGAUUGGCAGAGGCUGCCAAAGAAAGCUUGCAGGCUGCAGCCAAGGUGGAAAUGCAGCCUGCCUCUGAAGCAGACCUGAAGAUAAGUUCAGUAAGUGAACCGGAAGCCAUUCCAGUGAAGGAGAUUGAGGAUCCUGAGCUAUUGAAAGAUACAGCACCCGUGUUGGACGCCAAUAAGGUUGAAGAGAUCACAAAGGAAGAAAUUGACAUAUUAGGUGAUGCUUGCAUUAAACUCAAAGAACAGAAAAAGUUGCUAACAAAGGAAAAAGAGGAGCUUUCUGAAUUGAAGGUCGACGUUCAGGAGUAUUGCGAGGACUUGCAAGAAAUCAAGAAAGAGCUUUCAAAGACUGGCCAAGAGAUGGUGGUGGAAGAAUCGAAAGCGAGCAAGAGAUUGACUAAAAGGGUAAACCGUAUGAUUGGGCAAAUCGGCAAGAUUAUUACAGAGCUGGAAAAUGAGGAAAAAGUGUUUGAUGGGCACAUAGCAGGAGAGUCUGUUCCUCCUGUUGGAUUGUAUUUCGCCUUUAGGGAAAACCUUGUCAGCAUCCAUGAACUCAUCAACAUCAUGAGGCACAUCCAGAAGAUUCCAGAGCAGAAAUUGUUAAGAAUUGCUGCAGCUCUUGAUGAAAACAAGGAUGGGAAAAUCGAUAUUGAUGAUGUAGCCAAGCUUGUGGAAUUAAUUGACAAAGAAGACAUAGACAUCACUACCAACCAGGUCGCUGAGAUCAUGGAACUCCUGCAGAAAGAAGAAAAGCUGGUUGAGAAAGAGAAGGCGAAAGAAAAGGCCGAGAAGGACCAAGCAGCAGAACUUCAGAAUUAACGGAUCUAAUUCACAUGCUGCCCAGCCCUGUGCAUUAUUCUUGCAGCUGCUACCGUGCCCCAAAUUUAUAAUGCUUCUGCGAUGAUUUCAUUGCCAAGCUACAUCAAUGUACACACUGUGUUACGGAGUGAAAUAAAGACUUCCAUUAUCAAGCAA